AUGUUAGGAACAUACAAAAAGGAUAUUCGCUGUGUUUCAGAAGUUAAAAAAGGAGGAAGGAAAAGAAAAGCCAAAGCAACUGAGCCAAAGCAACCCAAAAAGCCUGCUGCUAAAAAAGAAAAACCAGCCAAGUCAAAAGGCAAACAAGAGAAGAUCACAGAUACUUUUAAAGUGAAAAGAAAAGUAGACCGUUUUAAUGGUGUGUCUGAAGCUGAACUUCUGACCAAGACAUUACCAGAUAUUUUGACCUUUGAUCUGGACAUUGUAAUAAUUGGCAUAAACCCUGGCUUGAUGGCAGCUUACAAAGGACAUCAUUACCCUGGACCUGGAAACCAUUUUUGGAAGUGUCUGUUCAUGUCUGGUCUAAGUAAGGAACAGCUGAACCAUAUGGAUGACCACACCUUGCCACAUAAGUAUGGGAUUGGAUUUACAAACAUGGUUGAAAGGACAACACCUGGAAGCAAAGACCUGUCCAGCAAAGAGUUUCGGGAAGGAGGGCGAAUUCUGAUGCAGAAGUUACAAAAAUAUAAACCUCGCAUAGCAGUUUUCAAUGGAAAAUGUAUUUAUGAAAUUUUUAGUAGAGAAGUUUUUGGAAUAAAAGUUAAGAAUUUGGAAUUUGGACUGCAGCCACACAAGGUGCCAGACACAGAAACUCUCUGCUACGUUAUGCCAUCAUCCAGUGCAAGAUGUGCUCAGUUUCCUCGUGCACAAGAUAAAGUUCAUUAUUACAUAAAGCUGAAAGACUUAAGGGAUCAGCUGAAAGGCAUCGCACCAAACACAGAGGUGCAGGAGGUGCAGUACACGUUUGACUUGCAGCUCGCACAAGAGGAUGCUAAGAAGAUGGCCGUCAAAGAGGAAAAAUACGACCCGGGUUACGAAGCAGCAUACGGAGGCGCUUACUGCGACCCUGCUCCCUACGAGGGCGAGCAGUGCAGCUUCUCCUCGGACGGGACAGCGCCGGGCAACGCGCAGUACUGCGAGGGCUCCUCCUUCGGUGCGGCUCCUAACGGACAGUGGAUGGCGCAGCCGUUUGCAGAGCAGCUGCCGGCGCCGGGCGCUGGCGCGGGGCGGGAAGGGGAGGGCAGCAGCGCCUGA